AUGUCGAACUCCUCCUCAACGAUUGCCGCAAAUGCUGACACUGCCGAUUCUAGGAGGCGCGGACCUCCUGUGAAUAACGGCGGCCUCAGUCUCUGGCAGCAAAGCACACGGUCUUACUCGAAUCUCGAAGCGAACAGGAACAGCAUUCUGCCCUCAGAGUCGAAAUAUGUUGUAAUCGGUUCCGGUAUUGCCGGUGGACUGUUGACCUACGAACUGAUUCAAGCUGGUGUGCCUGGAGAAGACAUCCUCCUCUUAGAGGCCCGCGAGGCCGCCAGUGGUGCAAGCUCCCGAAACGCUGGCCACGUGCGACCCGAUGCAUUUCGGGGUUUCGAGACGUACGCGGAGCAUCACGGCAAAGAACAAGCACUUAAGAUCCUAGCAAACGAGCGCGUCGUUCUCGAAAAGGUGAACCAGUUUGUUCGCCAGCACAACGUUCCGUGCGACUUCAACUACACUACCACGUUCGAAUGCUGCAUGACGCCCGAGUUUGCCGACUACGAGAGGAGGAACUACGAUGCCUUCCGAAGGGCUGGGGGUGAUGUGUCCCAUGUCAAACACUAUACAGGGGAGGAGGCGGCAAAGAAGACCGGGAUCGCGGGGGUUGUUGAGGCAUACGAGUGGCCAGCUGGAUCAAGUCAUCCGGCAAAGCUGGCUCAGUGGCUUUUAGAUUCGGUCAUCGAGAAGGGCGUGCGACUGUACACGUACUGCCCGGUGGUUCGAGUGACGGAAGACAGAUCCUUGGGAAAGAAUACCAGCAUCUCCUCUCCGCUCUGGGACGUGCACACCCCUCGCGGCACCAUUCGGACAGCCAAGGUGGUUUACUGCACAAAUGGAUUCACUGGCCAUCUGCUCCCACAGCUCGCCCCCCAUAUUGUUCCAUACCGUGGGCAGGCACACGCCAUUGUUCCGGUCCCUACGUUCACCGGUUCCAAGAUGCUGCGCAGCACGUACUCUCUGCGAUAUUCCCUGAAUCACUAUUAUUCCAUCAUUCAACGCCAAAGUGAUGGUACCAUCAUUCUGGGGUGCUCGCUCCCCAAUCCUGAACUCCCAGCGGAGGUGAUUCGGGGUGUACGGACAAUAGACGACACGCAGUUCAACAAGGCCAUCAAGGACGAUGCCUUGAGCCAUUUCAAGGCUUUCUUUCCGAAUAUGGGCAUUGAACACGCCGUCCACGGGGAGGGCCUCGCUCACGUCUGGAACGGCAUCGUUGGCUUAACAAGCGACGAAGUUCCCUUCCUAGGCCCUAUUGAUGAUAGACCCGGCCAGUUUGUUUGCGCCGGAUUCAAUGGCCAUGGCAUGGCACGUAUAUUUACGAGUGCACCCGGUGUAGCCAAAUUGAUUCUGGGUCGCCCUUGGGCCGAGACGGGACUGCCUGAGUGCUUCAAGUUCAGCCAGGCACGGCUUGAUAAGCUCUCGAGUUCGCUCAAGCCUGCGACAUCGCUCGGUCCCGCUCAGCUCCGACCUUCACUAGCCCUUGGCAUCUCUGCGGAACAAAAUGUCAAGGAUAAGACCGCGGAAUGUCGCGUGCUGCAAUUGCCACAGACAGAAGGUCCGAUGCAAUGGAGGGCAUCAAGGCCUAUACUCACAUCAUACGCAGAGCACCCAUGCCAGAGAUGCAGCUCAAGAGGGAUCGAAUGUCUCUAUUCCAUCAAAGACAAGGCCAUCCUUGUCCCCGAGGACUACUUGCGGCGCAUAGACAGUUCAUUGAAUGAGCUGAAAGAAAUGAUGCAGAGAAACAGCUCUCUUAUCUCGACCACCCAAGCCAGUACCGAUGCUGUAGCGGAUUCAAGUGAACGGCCUCACGGGGAUCAUAGUGUAGCUGUCCAAGCGCUUGUCGACGAUUCGACGCCCGAGUCCUUCAUCCGCAAGAUGAGAGAGGUUCUCCAACCCGGCAAUCAAACGAGCAGCAAUGUGUGGUCCACGGGGCUGUCGCCGAUAUUCCCAGGCAGUCAGAGCUCAGCCAGCCUUGGUUCCGCACCGGAUCAGCAGCGGUACACAGUUAUGCGAUUUGACAGCCUUCAAACGAAUCUCGACUUCAAACUCCCUACAUAUUCCUAUGCCGUAAAAGUGGUCACCGUAGCAGAGCGACUAUUUGGGGACUAUCACACAUUCCUGCGCAAGAGCUUCUGGAGGGAUCUUCAUGGGACAUACACAGACUUCCAGUCAUACUCAGCCAACCGGAAUUGGCUCUGUAGACUGUCGCUCAUCUUGGCUAUUGCAGAAGCUGGUGCAGCGAACGAUUCGUCAAUCGCCACUACUGUAUCAUCGAGAGAGGAGAAUGCUUCCUCUACUUCGGAAAUUGAUCAAACGACCCCUUCGGCCCUAUCAUCAGGGAUUGAGCUUUUCGAACAAGGCCUCCUCAUGCUCAAGGUCUCGUACGAGGAGCCAACUGUGGAUGAUAUCGAGGCUCUCAAUCUCGCUUCUCAUUGCAGUUACAUCCUCAAUCGCCGAAAAUCCGCAUACAUGUACGCAGGUCAAAGUAUUCGUCUGGCGCGCAGCCUCGGCCUCGAUAGACCUGCACCAUCAUCACUCUCCAAUAUCGAGCGGGAGCACAGAAAGCGUGUUUGGUGGACUGCAUUUUGCAUUGAUCGAUCAACCAGUGCCGAGCUCGGUUUAUGCCCUGCCUAUGCUCGCAAGUCCGACAGUCUCGACCUCCCCGACUCGAGGUCUCUCACCUCAGAGGAAAAGGAAGAGUUCUACCCCGCAGAACUGUUGAAUAUGCAAAUCAAAGUGUGCGAGAUGAAGAGUGACGUGAUCGAAACAGUGAGCACACUGAAGAAUAAAGACAUCGAGCGCCCGUACGAGAUCAUUGGGGAGUGCUUAGACCGGCUGAAUAGAGGCAGAGAGGCCUUCCCGCGCGACCUAUGUUCGUCUAGCAAUAUUCAGCAGGAAUACAGCCAUUUAGACGUCCGUGUAUUGUCAUCAAUGGUGCUGCGGUACAAUCAGUGCUACAUACUCCUCCUUCGCCCGAUUCUGCUCCAUCAAUUCGCUUUCAUUCUGCGCAAUGAUGGUGUCAUUACCCUCUCAGACGACAUUCGCUCCAUCAAUCAAAUCUGUCUCGAGGCCGCGCGGAGCAACGCGAAGAUCCUGCUUAACUUGGCUGGCUCACAGAAGCUAGUCAAAUACGGGUACUGGGACUCCGUCCACCUCUUCUCUAGUCUGAUGAUCCUGAACCUUGCCGGUCUCAUAAACCGCAGGCGCCAGGGCGCUGACCAGUCAAGCAAAAAGGGGACGGAAAAUGACGAUUCGAUGUAUCAGCAGGGCCGUCGCAUUCUGCUUGAAUUAGCAGAGGCAGGGAACGUCCCCUCAAAACAUCAUCUGAGCAUGCUUGAAGAAGUAGAGGCGAUCGGAGAGAUUCACGCGUGGCCGGAAGACAGCGCCCUUUCCGGGUCAGAGAACGUUGGGAUCGAACUGGGCUUCGACAACUGGGGCGAGCUAAUAGUUCCUCCAGAUCUGAAUUUCGACCUUUUUAACCCGUCCUCCUCAUAUUUCCAAUACAUGUAA